AUGCAGGCGGAAGGGGGCCAGCGGUGGGCAAGAAGAGCUCUGCUCCUCGCCAUCCUCUGGGCUACUGCACACUUGCCUCCUCCAGGUGCCUCUCUGCUCCAGCGUGUCCCAAGCGCCACAGGAAAUAGCACCCAAUGUGUUAUUUCUCCAUCACUGGAAUUUCCUGAAGGGUUUUUCACAAAACAGGAGCGCACAGAUGGAGGCAUCGUGAUCUACUUCCUAAUUAUCCUUUACAUGUUCGUGGCCCUGUCUAUUGUCUGUGACGAGUACUUCCUACCUUCCCUGGAAAUCAUCAGUGAAAGUGUAUUUAUCACAAAGGGAGAUAUCGGCAUUAGUACCAUCCUUGGAUCUGCAAUGUAUAACCUCUUUGGCAUCUGUGCAGCUUGUGGCUUGUUAUCUAAUGUGGUCUCAACGCUAUCAUGUUGGCCCCUAUUCAGAGACUGUGCAGCAUAUGCAAUUAGUGUAGCUGCAGUUCUUGGCAUAAUAUUCGACAACCAAGUUUACUGGUAUGAAGGAACUUUACUGCUUUUGAUAUAUGGAUUAUAUGUUUUGGUGCUGUGUUUUGACAUUAAAAUUAACCAAUAUAUUAUAAAGAAAUUCAGUCCUUGCUGCACCUGUCUUGCUGAAGCUAUGGAGGAGAGAAGUGAACAACAGCCACUGAUGGGAUGGGAAGAUGAGGGUGAGCCAUUCAUCCGUCGGCAAUCAAGAACUGACAGUGGGAUAUUUUAUGAAGAGUCUGGCUACUCUCAGCUUCCUUUAAGUUUACAUGAUCUAAGUCAGGUUUCUGAAGAUCCACCAAGUGUUUUCAACAUGCCUGAAGCAGACUUAAAAAGAAUUUUUUGGGUACUAUCCCUUCCUAUUAUUACCUUACUUUUCCUAACCACACCAGAUUGUAGAAGAAAAUUUUGGAAAAAUUAUUUUAUGAUAACCUUUUUCAUGUCAGCACUGUGGAUAUCUGCAUUUACAUAUAUCUUGGUUUGGAUGGUCACAAUAACUGGGGAAACUUUAGAAAUUCCAGAUACAGUAAUGGGCCUUACUUUAUUAGCAGCAGGAACAAGCCUGCCAGACACAAUUACAAGUGUGCUGGUUGCAAGAAAAGGCAAAGGAGAUAUGGCUAUGUCUAACAUCGUGGGAUCCAACGUGUUUGAUAUGCUGUGCCUAGGUGUUCCAUGGUUUAUUAAAACUGCAUUUAUAAAUGCAUCAGCUCCUGUAGAAGUGAACAGCAGAGGACUAACUUACAUAACCAUCUCUCUCAACAUAUCAAUUAUUUUUCUUUUUUCAGCAGUUCACUUCAAUGGCUGGAAAUUAGAUAGAAAGUUAGGAGUAGUCUGUCUGUUAUUAUACCUGGGGAUUGCCACAUUAUCAGUUCUAUAUGAACUUGGAGUCCUUGGAAAUAAUAAAAUAAGAGGCUGUGGAGGGUAA